AUGACAGAAACAGUUAUUCGCACCCCUGUCAGAUUGAAAGCUAAACAAAUUGCUAAAUCUUUAAAGCAAGAAUACCCUGACUAUGAUUAUUUAAGAGAAUUAUUUCGUCAUUUGCGUAAUGAAUUAAAAAUAGAAGUAACCCAUCGUGAUAAGAAACUACCUUACGUCCCAACUGAACAAGAAAUGCAUAAAUAUUAUUCCGUUGUUUGGCAAUCACGAAACAUGAAGCAUGUAGUAAUUAUUAAGACCUUAUUAUAUACUGGCGCUAGAGUUAGUGAAUUACUAAAAAUUAAAUUAACUGAUAUUGAUAUAGAUAGAUGUCAAAUUCGUAUUAUUGAAGGAAAAGGUAAAAAAGACAGAAUAGUUCCGUUUCCUAAUAAUUUCAAGGAAAUAUUAGCCCUUCAUAUAGAUGGAAUGAAUAAAAUAGGGGCAAAAUAUCUGUUUGAAUCAUCUUGGAAAAAACCAUAUACUGAUAGAGGAAUUAGAAAAAUACUAAUGCAAUACACAAAAGAAGCUGGUAUAGAAGAAUCCAUUUCCCCACAUAAAUUAAGACAUUUUUUAUUUACUUGGCUAAAGAAGCAAGGAGUAGAAGAUGCUUUAAUUCAGCCAUAUUCAGGGCAUGAAUCCAGGCAAUCUUUAGAGAUAUAUUCUAAAUUAUCUAUAGGUGACGCUCAAAAAGAAUAUGAUAACGUAAUUCAGAAAUUUCCUAUUUAA